AUGACACCAAGGUCUGGUGUGAGUGUUGAUGAUGAUGAGGUUGAUGGCGUUGGUGAUAAGGUUGGUGGCGUCAACACAAGUGUCCAGUGUGUUGACUUGAUGCUUGAAAUGAUCCCCGGACCGCAGUGGACUACUGCCUUCGGUUCUAUCUAUAUCCGGACCGCUAACCUGCUAUGGGCGCCUUCGGACGUCAGCAUCGCCAGCGAUGCUGCUCCUGCUCUCUCUCCAGAGAGUACUGUCAGGGGUCUCGCGCCUGAAACCCAGCUCGGCACGAUCAAUAUCAAUGUUAUGAUGACACCAAGGUCUGGUGUGAGUGUUGAUGAUGAUGAGGUUGAUGGUGUGGGUGGUGAGAUUGGUGAUGUCGAUGAUAAUGAGGUUGAUGGUGUUGGUGAUAAGGUUGGUGGCAUCAGCACGAGUGUCCAGUGUGUUGACUUGAUGCUUGAAGUGAUCCCCGGACCGCAGUGGACUACUGCCUUCGGUUCUAUCUAUAUCCGGACUGCUAACCUGCUAUGGGCGCCUUCGGACGUCAGGUAG